CAGCAGAAGGCUUCACUCGCAGGACCCGAAGAUGCUGGCGAGGAACAGCACGUGUAGUCUCCAAGACUUCCACGUGGGGUCAUCCGUAGGCUCCAAGAACCUGCAGACGGCACAAGCUGCCAUCGCGAAGCGACAACAGAAGGCUUUCACCCGCCAGAUCCGAAGAUGCUGGCGAAGAACAUCACGUGUAGUCUCCAGGACUUCCACGUGGGGUUGUCUGUCGGCUCCAAGAGCGUCAAGACGUUACAUCUGCCGCCACGAAGGACUGACAGACGGAACACCCGAAGGUGAUGAGGAAGAAAGAAAAGAAAUGGAACUCGACGAGAAGAUGGACGGGCUUAUAUAUUCGUUUAUUGUGGGUCGUCUCGUCGUCGCCCCAUAUUUUCCUUGUGCCGUUGGUGGCUGGACUUGGACUUGGACUUGCGUUUGUCCUUCUGGCGUGGUCGGGGAAAGUCUCCUGGACAGGUGGGCAUGUUUUGAUACUGUACUCAGUCAUGGAUCCGAUACUGGCUGCCCUGUAGGCCUGAACCGUUACAGCAGGAAGCGGAUCCUCUUGCCCUUGUUCGUCCUGUCAAGCCAUUGCCGCCAAUGGGCCCCGCAUCAAUCGAUCCAUGUGGGGCCGGUCUGGGAUACCAGAAUUGUAUUUCAUGAAUAGUGGAUCUUUACGUGCAGUACAGUACUGUACAGGUAUGGAAUUCAUUUUCGGCUACCCUGCUUGCAGCACGCCAUGUUCUCAAAUGCGUACUGGGCUUAGCCA